AUGCUUCGGAAAAAACCUGAAACACAGCAAACCAAACCUUUAACUUUUACAAGAAAAACUUGUACCAAAAAAGAGAAGCCCAAACGCGAUGAAUUUAUUCAUAACGCGUUUGUGAAGAAUACCACCAGGAACACAAAAGAAGAUCUCGAUCUUCUGAAGAGCACAAGGACCUUGGUAGAGACAGCUAUAAAGAAUAAGAAGAUAUUCACUAUGCGUGGCUGUUACCCUGUUCUGCAAGACUUGUUGCUGAAAAGAGGAUGGGUGGAAAAAAUGCCCCUCAAAACUGGUGAAGAUGCCAGAAAAGAAGAAGGAAUAGAGCUUAUCAAGGCAAAGCUUCUCUGCAAUGAAGAACCCAGCUUCUUCUGGGUUGCAAGAUCUGACAUGAUGGACUAUUCCUUACUCAAAAAGGAUCAACUAAUAAACCAAUUUCGCAAUUCCAAGUGCUUUACAACCAAGGUAAAUACCCUUUAA